UUCCAGGUUCGUGAAUAAGGUUGGAUAAAAGAGGGAUGAAAAUCAUCUAAUCAUUUAUCCAGAUAUACAAAACCUUCCUAAAACGACUGGACAAUGCAUCUUCUCCUUGUCUCGCUCCUAGUAGGAGUAGGGGUAGCUGAACCUCUCUUCUUCGGAGGAGGGAAUGAAAAUACUGGCCCCAAGUGCUUCUAUGGUACAGAGUAUGUUACUGAGACUGAGUAUGAUACUGCGUACACAGAGCAGUGCAGUACACAGUACGAGGAGGUUUGCCAGACCCAGUAUGAAUCUAAAUGCGCUACUACCUAUGAGUCCGUAAGUGAACAGCAGUGUACGACGGUGCAAGAAACCUCAUAUGAAACCAAAUAUGAGAGUGCUUGCUCCACAACUUACGAAACAGUUUGCAGCGGUGGAGGUGGUGGUGGUGGCGGUUAUGGAGGUGGAGGUGGCGGUGCUUCCCUCCCAUCCUAUGGAAGACGUAAAAGACAAAGCGAAUAUGGAGCUCCCUCCGGUGGAGGAUUUGCUCCCAUAUCAUCAGGAUACAGCUCUCCGUCCUCAGCCAGUUCUAGUUAUGGUUCUCCCUCAUCUGGUGGUUCAUCCUUCGGCGGUUCUUCCUCAUUCGGUGGUUCAUCUGGAGAUAGCUAUGGAAGUCCGUCCUCAGCCCCAGUAAGCAGUGGUUACAGCAGUCCUUCUUCCUUUGGAAGUGGAGGAGGAGGCGGCGGUGGCGGAUAUAGCAGCGGUGGUGGCGGAGGAGGCAGUUUCAGCAGCGGUGGCGGAGGCGGAGGAGGAUACGGAGGUGGUGGUGGCCAAUCUUGCUCCCAGGUACCCCGUGAGAGCUGCCAACAGGUUCCUAAGCAAGUAGCAGUACAAAAACCAAGACAAAAGUGUGAAAAUGUUUCCCGAAGUGUUCCCAGGCAACAAUGCAGCCAGGUGCCCCAGCAGCAGUGCAACCAGGUUCCACGAGAAUCCUGUCAGCAGGUUCCCAUCCAGGUUCCAAGACAAGUACAAAGAGCACGGAAACGCAGAAUCUGUGAGGUGGCAGGCCGAGGCGGAGGAGGUGGCGGAGGUGGCCACGGAGGUGGAGGAGGAGGCCGUGGAUACGGAAAAUAGAGAAUACAGUCAACAGCCCCCAAAUGAACUGGAUAUGCAUACCGAUACUUUUCUUUCUUAUUUAUUUAUUUAUUUAUUUGUUUAUGCAUUUUCCUAUUGUAAAAUAAUUUUCAAUGAAAAUACAUGAUAAAUUUACCGUACUUGUUUUAUGAAGCUAACUUCACUUGUAUAAUGUGUACAUACACUUGUAUAAUUGUUCCUGAGAAAUGGCAUUUUUAAAAACAUGGCCAUUGAAUAAAUGUUUCUACGUAA